AUGAUCCAGUUAACAAAACGUGGUAUCUUCGCGAAAAAGCUGUCGCACGGAGUCCGCGUAGCUUAUGCACUGUGCGGAUUUGACGUGUGGUACCUGGAUGAUUCGAAAAUUUCGACUGUGGCCUUAGUUAUUGCUACGCUGCAACUUGUGCUAUCCAUCACUUUCCCAAUAUUUUCUUGGACCGGUGUGGCACUUUAUGUAGAUACCGCUCGUCAGAUGCAACCAAUAGACAAAAUCUUCAAUAUCUUCAAUUUGUUUUCUUGGAUCAUAUAUGGUGUCACUCUCGUUACUUACGCAGUAUUCAGAUUGAAGCAAUUCAAGAACAGGAGAAUUUGCGGUAAAGAGUUGCGCAGAAUUCAUAAGAAUUUUGAAAAAUUUGGAAUCGAAAUGGGAAACGUCGGACGUGAUUUUUACCUUUUCUUAAUAUUGUUCCUUGCCUUUGUAACUUCUGGAUUGCAAGGAGUCUUUCAAUAUAUAUGUGCACAUGGCAAGAUUUCUAUCUGGAAAAUCUGCUCGGAAAUUUGUAUGAGCACGAUGAAUAUAUUCAUCGAUUUUGAUUUCAUCGGUGGUAUCUAUCUUCUUUAUUUACUGUACAAAACUCUGAACGGACAAUGUUACUUACUGAAGGAAAUAUCUGAUUCGAUAAGAUAUCAGAUCGCUAUUGUCAAAUUUAUACGAGAACAGCAUCAAGAGUUGGCAUCGCUCACGCAGAGCAUCGUCAACGCAUACGAAUUUCCGCUGAUCUUAUCGGUCGUGAGAAUUACCUUACUUUCAAUAAUGAAAAUGUAUGCCAUCUAUGUCUUGCCUCCUGUAUUGUCUAAAACUGAUGUUACCUGGUUGAUUUGUGACAUAAUACUAUUCAUAACUCUGCAAGCCUUAAGGAUUUUUAUGAUGUGCAGCAUUUGCACAUUGAUGACGUCUGAGGCAAAUCGAACUGACACAAUUCUAAGUGAGGUCGAAUCAAAUAAUCCAUACUUGUACAUGCGGCACGAAAGAUCAAACUUGUCAUUGUACUUGAGACAGCAAAAUGUGAGAAUUCGGCCAUGGAACAUGUUCGAGAUAAAUAAUGGAUUGUUCGCCUCGGUAAUUGGCGCGAUACUCGUCUACUUGUUCUACUUUGUGGACAGGUCUGAAGUGAAGCAAUAAUCAGGCUUCCUACUACUUAUCGAUAAUUCGAAAGCAAAUUCAGUCCAGCUGCAUAUUUACACGGCAGUAAAAAUGUUGCACGCACUAGACUUUUUACGAGCCAAUACACCAUUAACUUGCAUCAUACGUUCUAUGUAUCUCUAAAUGUAUUUUACGGAUGGGCCACAAGGAAAAUUAUUUUUAUGCACUCGAAGGGCCACGUAUGCAGCCCCGCACCGUAGCUCUCAUUACGUGCGGUACUUUGGAAGGUGCAACAUCGAAGUGGGCAGCAGUUUUGAAGAUAAAAAAAAAUCCGGAUAUCGUUCGCACUGACAAUAUAACCAUGAGAGUUCACGAUGCAGCUUCCGUCGAAGCAGCAGAAAGUACCAACGAAGAGAAUCGAAAGAAUUCCAAAUUUCUACGCAUCUGCAGCCUCAUUUAUACCAUUCUUGGAAUCGGCAUCAUACGUUGGGGCGAUCGGUGCUUUAGAAAAAUAACGAUAGCGCUACGGCUUAUACAAAUUUAUUACUUCUAUAGGAUUACAUUGCUUGUAUUUUGGACACUGGAAAAAUUGGCUGAUUCGUUAAACAAUUCAUAUUUCACAUAUCUCGUAUACUUGACGUGUGGCAUUAACACUUCAACACUGUACCUUCUGUUACUCCAAGGAUUCUUUAGAAAAAAUAAUAUUGAGAAACACGCCGAUGACAUCGAAAAGAUUGAUAAGAAGUUCCCGGAAUUAUCUCUUACUCAUCAAUCUAAAGUGCAUUAUUGUGUGCACACUUUGGGGCUGGUGACAAUUGGCCUGAUUUUUAUUGCUGUGAAAAUAAUCAAUUUUUUGCGUUUGGAUAUGAACGGUCUCGGAUUUGACUACUUAUGGUCAAACAGUUUAAUACUCAUAUCUCUCGUACUAUUUUAUAAUUGUGUGUACGACGUACAUCAACGGUUCAAGAGAAUCAACGAGUUGUGCACUGACAUGGGAAAUCAGGAGGCUGUCCCUUUAGACAAAAUUCGAUUGAUCAGAAAAUUGAAGAUUCUUCAUAUCGACUUGUCUAAGCAUGUGCUUAAAAUUGUCCGAGCUCACAGAAUUACAGCUUUAAUUGUUAUAAUAAAAAAUUUCAUAAUGUUCACUGUGAAUUUGAUGGCCUAUAUCAUAAAAAGUUCUCCUGUGCUCUAUAACGCGGAGAUCGACUUGGUUGUGAACGCCGUGGAAUUAAUUGCAUUCCUACUAUUAUGCGUAGAGUGCACCAACGCAACAGUUGAGGCAAACAGUACCACCCAUUAUAUAUAUGGUAUGGUCCUGAAGGAUCCGACUAUGGGACUGCGUAUGGAGGUACUGAAUUUCGUGUCGUAUCUUCGUGUUCAAAAAGUACAAUUCAAUCCGUACGGACUUGCCAAAAUGAACAAUCGCCUGAUAGUCUUUAUCCUGACUACCUUGAUCACUCACAUGGCAUUUUUUAUUGAUAUUGAGAAAUUAUAAGAUCGUACUGUACUGGCAAACUAUUUUACAUGAUCUCCACUGAAAUAUAAUGACGGAUAAUGAGAUCUUCGAGAAAAUGCAUAUGGGACUUUACGAAAUUGCUUUAUAAUAAACACGUAUUGAUGCACGAGUUAUAUGUGGAUAUAAGGUCAUUCGUUCUGGAGGAUCAAUAAUCUUAACGUGAUAUAAUGCAUCGGUUGUUCGUCGUCUUAAAAUAUAUCACGUGAUAAUUAAAUCUUCAUCGUAGAAGUAAUGCAUCCAUGUUGCAGAAGAUCCACCCCACUGUCGUUGCUUCGCCGGAAGACCACGUACCUUACAGUGAAAAUGUGUUUUAUCGAUAUUACUAAACUAUAUCAUACGUGUUUAAUGUUUUCAGCAAUUUUUAGCACGGAGUGAUUCUCAGAUUGAUGCAAAAACAUAAAAGCACCAUAACGGGGCCUUAAUGUAA